CACAGCAGUAGCAGCCUCUGUAACACUUGCUCUCCUUCCCGCCAUUUUCUCAAUCCAGAAGAACCAAAAUCACCGGGAAAAAGCAGUAGCAGCCAAAAAAAAAAAAAAAAACCUGGAAAAUGGGCAUCAAAGAUCUUCUCAGAUACAUGAAACCCUUCAUUGAACCAAUUCACAUCAAGAAAUAUGCUGGAAAAAGGGUUGGAAUCGAUGCGUAUUCAUGGCUUCACAAAGGAGCUUAUUCAUGUAGCAUGGAGAUUUGUCUUAAUUCGAAAGGCGAUAAAAAAUCGCGGUACUUACAGUACUUUAUGCACCGAAUCGAUCUGCUUCGACACUACAAGAUCACUCCUGUUGUUGUUUUUGACGGUGGGAACAUCCCGUGUAAGGCUACCACCGAGCAGGAGCGAUACAGGAAAAGAAAAUCUUAUUGCGAUUUGGCAAUGGCAAAGCUCAAAGAAGGUGAUGUAACUGGCGCUUCUGAGCUCUUCCAGAGAGCAGUGACCAUCACUCCAUCCAUGGCACAUCAACUCAUUCAGAUUCUGAGAACAGAGAACAUUGAAUUUGUAGUUGCUCCUUAUGAGGCUGAUGCUCAAUUGGCUUACUUGUCAAACCUUGAGGCAGAUAAGGGUGGGAUUGCGGCAGUGAUCACGGAGGAUAGUGAUCUAAUGGCCUAUGGGUGCCGAGCUAUCAUAUUUAAGAUGGAUCGCUAUGGGAAUGGCGAAGAGAUGGUGCUGGACAGGGUUUUUGAUUCUGUGGCUCGUGCACCUUCCUUUCAAAAUUUUGAUAAAGAAUUGUUCACAGGCAUGUGUGUACUAGCUGGCUGUGAUUUCCUCCCAUCUGUUCCUGGAAUUGGGAUUGCAAGAGCUUAUUCCAUGGUUGCCAAGUAUCGGAAUUUAGACCGUGUUCUAUCAGUUUUGAAAUUUGAGAAGCGCAAUCAAAUGCCUGAAGAUUACACAAAAUCUUUCAGAGAAGCAGUUGCAGUCUUCCAGCAUGCCAGAAUAUAUGAUGCUGACACUAAAAGAGUCCAACACAUGAAACCUCUUACAGAUGAUCUUUUGCAGUCUCUUGAUGGAGAGCUUGAUUUCCUUGGACCAGAAAUACCUCCAUCAAUAGCAACUGCAAUUGCUGAAGGAAACUUGGACCCAGUAACCAUGGAGGCUUUUGAUCAUUUCUCAAGUCAUGAAAGUCAGCCGGAGCCUACAGUCACCCAGACUUCUAAUGAAAUUGUGAAGCCUGAGGCCACUGCACAAUCUACAGAAGAGAGCUGCUUCACAAUAUUUUCCUCUCAUGAAACCAGAGAAGAAAGGGUUACAGCUAGUACAGUAAUGGAGCAGAGGCCAGUCAUAGAGGAAACAAAGUACUUGAAUGAAGCUGUGGCACUUCAAAAAAUAAUGUUCCCAUCAGAAGUUCAUGGCAUGCUGGAAAAUAAAAUCACUCAGGAUGAAACACCGUUAGAGAUUCCUGACAACAACCCAUUCAAGAAAAGGAAACUUAAUGAAAUCUACUUGGAUCAGAUACCAAGCAUCACCGAGCAAAUAUCAGUGGUGGUUGAUGUUGAUAAUUCAGAUAUCAUGUGUGUGACUUUGGAAUCUCAAGAGAGUGUGGACUCAAAGCCUAACAAAGUUGCUGAUAGGAAAGCAAUUAGUAAAAAUGAGAAGCGAAAGAGAAGUGAUUGCAAGAGUUCAGAGAGUAAGAAAAACAGUAUACUGAAUUUCUUUUCUCGUGUGUAAUCAUUCAUUUCCUCUUUAAUUAUAGAUUAUAGAUUAUUAAUUCCCUGUUUUCUGUGGGGGGGAAUUUUGGACUCUUCAGUAAAUUAUUCAAUUGAUUUAAAUUACAUUUGCUGAUGGGAAAUAUUCUUAAGGGAA